UUCACCUAUCAUCUCUUACUGGUGCUCCGUCUGCAUUUAAAUAUUGAUAGCGCAGGUGAUGUUACCAUUUUUAUCUUUACAUAUUAAAAAAAACCUCUCCCUGAAGAAGACAUCCAGAUGAAGUCGAAACAAUUGUUAGAAAUGACAAGUAUAGUAAAUUCAUAAAGUUUUCGUUAUACACUUAUUUUAUUUAAAAAUAAUAAGAAAACGAUGAUAUCGCCUCUAUUGAGAGAUUUAGAAACAAAAAUUGCUGCACUGAAUUAAUUCGACUUUUGUCACUAAAUUACAAAUGGCGUUGAUUGUCGUUCUUUUUAAUCCUAUGUCCAGGGUGAAUAGAAACAACUGACAUUGUCAUAUUUUUCUUUUAAAUAAAGAAAUAAACCGCCUAUUUUUUAUUUGAAACAUUUUAUAGGUCUUAAACUGUAUAACGAAUACAUUUUGUACCUCGAGUUAAUUCAAAAAUAAUAAUUUACUUAAGUCAAAGAUCGAAAAGUAUGCUAUUCACCUCGUUUACGAUAUAAGUACAAAUAUACCAGUUGUUAAGCCGUAAGAAAAAAAAAUUUCAAAAAUUCAAAAAGAAUUUUAAUUUUUGUUUUUGUCCUUUUACUUUUUUUGAAUUCAAUCGAUAUUUAUUUUUAUGAUUAAGCAUAUUUACUCACUUUAUAUUUUUCUGAUUUUAUAGAUUAGUAGAAUAAGUACGUUAUGUUAUGUAUUGUUUUGACACAUAUAUUUUGGAGUUUUAGUGUGAAUUAUUUGCUUUUUCGUUCUUUGAUAUACUAGAUUUAAUUUUUUUAUUCAACAAAAAUGUCUCUUUCAAAAUUAAUUUCAAAGUAUUCUAAUAACAGCAUUAUAACACUUAUUAUUACCACCAUCGACUCCCCAGUGGGAAAAAUUGUAGCUGCAGCAGAUGACGAAUUUUUGUAUUUAGUAACUUUUGAAGAUUCAAAAAAAAUCGACAAAAAACUUCGUGCACUGUCCAAGGAACUGCCUUGUAAUUUUUUGGAGGGAACAAAUAAAGUCCUAAAAAAAUUAAAGCAUGAACUAUCUGAAUAUUUUAAAGGGAAUCUGAAGAUUUUUUCUGUACAGAUAAAAGCAAUUGGUUCUGAUUUUCAAAAGCAAGUUUGGGACCAACUUCAACAGGUGCCGUAUGGCACAUACCAAACAUAUGGUGACAUUGCCAAGUCGUUAGGACGAUCAGGGAACCAUUCCAGAGCAGUGGGUGGUGCUUGUGGAGCAAAUACCCAUUUAUUGGUGGUACCCUGCCAUAGAGUAGUGGCCUCGAACUCUAAAGGAGGCUUUAGUAGUGGUAUUGAUAGAAAGGAAUGGUUACUAGAGCAUGAGAAAAAAUAUACAACUUAAUUGUCUUGCAGUCAUGAAAAUUUUAUUUACUCUUCAUUCAGUUCUGAUUGAAAUAUCAGUUGGUGUUUAAGAUAUUAUUGAUUUUUAUUACAUUCAUUUAGAAUUAUAAAAAUGAUAAUAUAAUUAAUGUAAAUAGUUUUUAGAACAGCUAAUAAUUACUGUGUAAAUUAUCUGUUAUUUUAUUUAAGGACUAGAAAUAGAAGAUUACAAAUUCAUGUAGGUACAAAUAUUCAAGGCAAAGUACUAAUUAUAAAAGUAGCUUAUAGUAUAAUGUAUUAAUAAUAAUAGUUAUACUACUCUGAUACUGCAAGUUAACUUAUAUUAUGUAAAUUGUUUUUUAUUACAUAUUUUCAUAAUAAAAACGAAAAAUGAGACCAUUUACUGUUAUCAGUUAUUUAUAAAGUGGUGUAUACCAUCUAUUCAUGGGCUAUCUGUCUCUGGAACUCCUUACUUCCUAAUGGGGCAAGACAUUCUGCUGAUCUAAUGGAAAGCCAUUAGAUCAGCACAAUCUCUUGCCUAGUUCAAGAGGCAGGUAAAAUUUCAUUACUUAUCUCUCUAAUUUGUUUUGAUGUUCACUACAUCUGAUUUACCUUGAUGUAUUUAGUAUAUUUAUGUAUCAUUGUUAUUAUACAUUUGUUUCUGGUUAAUAUGAACCAUUUUUAAACUGUCAACAAAAUUGCAUCAUCUCUUUAAAAACAAGUUCACUUUGAUAUCCUAUGUAGAUACCUAUCAAAUAUUUUGUAUAAAUUUACAUUAAGUAGUAGGUAUUUACUCAAUAUUUGUAUUUUUAAAUUUCAUUACAUUUAAUAAACUUAAAAUAUUUUUUGUUAA